CCAGAGAACAUGACCACGCUUCUGCAAGUUCUGCAGGCAUUUUCCUGUGCGCCAGACCAGCAUUCCAGCCCCCGAAAAAGACGAGCGGGAGAGAAAGGGAAAGGGACCGAGCGCUGACUGAGAAAAGGCUGCAGACGUACCCCAACAGGGCCAGGCAGCAAACAAAAUAAAUAACGGCCCUCUUGCCUGGAGUGCAGGACACCGGCAACUCCACCCUCCAAACUUUUUAUGGCCCCUGGAAAGGAGAGAGGCUCUCUCGCUCACGCUCGCACACACACCCACACACACAACGCACACGCACACACGCACACACACACACACUUGCCCACCGUACUCCUAAAUCUCACACAGAUUCCCACACCACUUUGUCUCGGACCCCGGCGCCUGCUGACGGGUGGGAUUGGCCGGUGCGUACUGGAGGGACCCUGCUUCUGAAGGAAUACCGCGCUUGUUUCGUUCACCUGUGAACUGCGUGCGCCUGGAGCACCUGAAUGGAUACCUGCACCUGGACUGGGAGGACAGGCUGAGCACCGUGCUGGCGUUGAGAUAACCGGGGGGGGGGAAAAAUAGAUUCUGGGCACACAAAUCAGAGAGGAACUCCGAGAGAAGAUAAGAGUGCUGGAGAGGAAAGGACCUGGAAGAGAAGAUAAGAGCGGGAGCGGGAGAGUAUGGAUUUCUCCCGCGUGUGGGUCUUCGUCCUGUCUCUGUCUCUGUCUGGCAGCGCGGUCACAGCACAGGCCGAAGAAUGCCGGAGCUCCACAGCUGCGGACAUCGUCUUCCUGGUGGACGAAUCCUGGAGCAUGGGCCCGGACAACUUCCAGCUGGUGAAGGAGUUCAUCAGCAACCUCAUCAAGGCCUUCCAAAACAACGCCAUGGGCGAAGAGGGCAUCCGCUUUGGGGUCACCGUCUACAGCGACGUGCCCAGGAUGAGAAUAGCGCUGACAGACUACACCACCCUGGAGGAGGUCCUGAGGGCCGUGUCGGACCUCCCCUUUGAGGGGGGGAACAGCAAGACCGGAGAGGCGCUGGAGUUCCUGGUGGAGUUUGUCUUCAGCUCCGCCAUCGUUCGAGACGAAGCCCCCAAGAUCACUAUAUUGAUAACCGAUGGGAGAUCGACCGAUGCGAUUGAUGGACCGGCCCAAGCAGUGGCAGACAGUGGAAUCUCUCUGUAUGCUGUGGGGGUCAGAGACGUGGACCAAUCGGAGCUGAGGAAGAUUGUGACGGAGCCCUAUGAGGAGCACUUGCUGCUGAGCCAUGAUUUCUCUUACCUGUGGGGCCUGCUGCCCAAGCUCUCCCGCCGAGUGUGCUUCACUGCCUCCGAGCCCCCCCGCCCCGUCAAGCAGAAGGAGGCUGAGCCCCAGCGGGUCAUUGGGCCCAAGGACGUUGUGGUCAGUGAGCUGGGCCACAGCUCCCUGCGGCUCACCUGGACCCCUGCCACCGGGGACGUGACAGGCUACCGGCUGCUGGUCACCCCCAUCUCCCCCAAGGGCUACUUGGACUCCGCCCAGCAGAGACAGAUUGACCUGAAGGGUGACGUGAGCUCUUUGGUGGUGACAGACCUAACGCCCAGCACUGACUAUUCCUUCACCACCUACGCCAUCUAUCCUGACCUCAUCGGAGACUCAGCCACCAUUACCACAAAGACAACUCCCGUGCCCCAGGUUGCCAAUUUCCGCGUGGUUGAGGAGGGACUCUUCAGCCUGCGUUUGGCAUGGACCUCGCCUCUGAAGAGAAUUAACGGAUACAAAAUCUUUAUUCCUCGGUCGAACAGACCGGGGCUGACGUACGAGCAGGUGCUGGAGGGCGACGUCUCCUCCCACCUGAUCGAAAACCUGGAAGAGGACAAGCAGUACACCAUCAGCAUCUAUGCUGUUUACCCCCAGGGCCCCAGCGAACCCGUGUCUAUUGUCGGCAAAACACUGAAACUGGUCCCCGUGAAGGAGCUCCUGGUCCAGAACGCCACCACGGACACGGUCCAGGCCCGGUGGCGGCCGGUCAAGGGUGCCACAGGGUACCGGCUCACCUGGUCCUCCUCAGAGGGACACAUUGAGAACCUGAACUUGGGCGAGGCGUACAGCUUCUACAUGAUCCAGGGGCUCCACCCAGGUACAGAGUACACCGUGACAAUCAAUCCCAUCUUCGUGGACUUCGAGGGCCCCGUCACCACGGUGAAGGCCAAAACAUUGGAGAGCAGUGCAGUGCAGACUCUGAAGGCCACUGGUGUGAGCACCAACAGCGCGCAAAUUUCCUGGAACUCGGUAACUGGUGCCACAGGAUACAGGCUGGCUUGGGGCCCCACUCCAGAGUUCGCGGGGCGGGACCGUCCCAGACAGCUGGCUCUAAACGGCAGCACCACAGUGUAUCAGCUCAAGGGCCUGGUCCAUGACACGGAGUACGUGCUGUCCCUCUACGUGCUGUUCGGCACCUUGGUGGGACCCGGAAUCACUGCCACCUUCCGCACGUCACCCCUGGGCUACGUCUCCAACUUCAAGGUAACAGCCUACAGCAGCACCUCCAUCACCGUGGAGUGGAGUCCCAUUGUGGGCGCCACAGAGUACAAACUCACCUGGAAAUCUUCGAAAGAAGCCAGCCCUCAGAGCCACUACCUGGACCGCAGCAUCCUGCUGUACCGCAUCGAAGGGCUGUACCCAGAAACGGUGUACACCGUCAGCAUUCACGCCGUCUACGGCAACAGCGAAGGGCCAGAAAUCUCUCUUUCACAGUACACAGCUUCACUGAAGAACUCGGAGCUGAUGCAGGCAGUUAGAGAGGUGAAGGUGGAGGAUGUUGGGGUGAACACCUUUAAGCUUGUGUGGAAGAAAACGCCCGGGGUCUCUGGCUACAAGAUCUCCUGGAGACCUUUCAUCGGUGGUUCUGAAAAGAGCAGGCAUGUUCCCUCUACGUCAAACUCUUUCACCAUCACUGGACUUCAGGAGAACUCGGCCUACAAGAUCCAGGUGUCAUCGAUCGUGGGAGAUCGGGAAGGGAGCCCGGUUCUGCUCACGGCCCGUACUUUGGACAUGCCCAAAGUGACUGGCUUCGAAGUCCUGGAGGUGACGGACAGCAGUGUGCUGUUGAACUGGACCAGGGUUGCAGGGGCUUCUGGGUAUUCUUUGUCCUGGAGGCACAUUUCCGAUCUGGAGACCAGCAACGAGCUGCUGGGUCCGACGUUCACUUCCUUUAAGAUCAGCGACCUGCAGUACGGCAGAACCUACAUAUUUACCAUCCAGCCCCUCUACGGGGAAGUGAAGGGUCCCAUAAACUCCGUCAACCAGAGGAUACUGGGGAAGGCCCCCUCGGUCUUCCCUGCCACGGCUGCUCCUGUCCUUCCCGCCACCACUCGCUUCUCCUCCCGGAACAUGCGCACAUCCGCCGCCAAAACGGUCAUCACCACGGCGCGGAGACUGGACACAGAGAGCACCCCACGACCUGCACCUAUAUGUGGAAAGAUCAAGGCAGACAUCGUGUUCCUAGUGGAUGAAUCCUCAAGCAUUGGCAACAACAACUUCCAGAAGUUGAAGGACUUCCUGUUCCGGGUGGUGACGUACUUCCCUGUCAUUGGUCCCAAGGGGACACAGUUUGCAGUUGUCCACUACAGUGAUGAGCCCCGGAUAAAAUUCCGACUGAAUGACUUCAAGGACAGGAACUCUGUCUUGAGGGCACUGAAAGGAGUGGACUACAGAGGAGGAAACACCAGAACAGGUCAGGGGAUCGGCUACGUGCUGGAGGAGCUCUUCCAGGAGUCCCUGGGCAUGAGGCAGCAGGUGCCCCACGUGCUGGUGCUGAUCACGGACGGGAAAGCCCAGGAUGAUGUGGUGCCCCCCUCCAGAAUGGCAUAUGCCCAUGGCGUCAGCGUCCUGGCGGUAGGUGUGGCAGGUGCAGACCUCGAGGAGCUGGGGAAGAUCGCCCCCCCGACCGACUACAAGAACAUCUUCUACACCACCACGUUCGACGACUUCUCCUCCAUCGAGCGGGAGUUCAUUGGGAGCAUCUGCAGUGAGGCUUUGCAGCUGGAGUUCAAAUCACAGGAUGAGUCAACACAGCUGGACAAGCCCACCGGUGACCCAGAACCUCUCACCAAACCAGAGGGUCCCUGCCAGUCGCAGUGUACGAAGGGCCAAAAAGGGGAAAAGGGAGACGGGUUCGGGCUCGGCGGACUGAGACUGCACAAGCCGGCGGGGGAGUUCAGUUCUUUCGGAUUCCAGGCCAAAGGGGAGAAGGGGGAGCGGGGGCUCCCUGGGACAGAUGGUAUUCCGGGGUUGCCUGGACGACCAGGAAGAACCGGGCCUCCAGGCUCAGCAGGACAGAGGGGCUCCCCUGGUGUUCCUGGUGACCCUGGUCCACCUGGGAUAACCGGGCCAAAAGGCCAGAGAGGUGAAAGGGGGGAGCCCGGAUUUGUGCUGGGGGGCGUGGACGUCAGCCCCGGGCGAAAGGGAGAGCCCGGCUCCUCGGGCCCCCAAGGACCCCCCGGGGUGCCAGGAGUGUCCGGGCCCCUGGGACUGCCAGGUCAGCCGGGACCGCCCGGUCCACCAGGGCUCUCCAUCAAGGGAGAUACAGGAGAUCUGGGUCUCAGAGGUCUGCGUGGGAAACCUGGAAUUAAAGGGGACAAAGGGGAAAAGGGCAUAGACGGUCUGGUGGGAAUGCCUGGGCCGGAGGGAAUGGACGGCAUUCCCGGUUUUCCCGGACAAAAAGGAGAAAAGGGAGAGACUGGGAUCGGUCUUCCGGGUGUCCAGGGACUGAACGGCAUUCCGGGAGAGAAGGGAAUAAUUGGUAUGCCUGGUCCUGUCGGUCCAAGGGGGGAGACGGGACUACAAGGAAUCCAAGGGGAGGUCGGGCUGCGGGGGAAAAAGGGAUUGACAGGAGACAAAGGGGAUAAGGGCGACAGAGGAGAUACUGGCCCUGUGGGACCGACAGGAAUAGCGGGUCUCCCUGGCCCACAGGGAUACAAGGGGGAUGAAGGACUUCAAGGACCUCCUGGAGACCCAGCCAAAGGGAUACUUGGUCCCACUGGGAAGAAAGGUGCAAGGGGUGACAUUGGGCCAAUGGGUCCACAAGGACCACAGGGAAUAAAGGGGGAUGGAGGAGACAAGGGGCAGAAGGGCAGUCCAGGGUUUGGAAUUCCGGGUCAGCCGGGUCCUAAGGGAGAAAAUGGAGAAAGGGGUAAUGUGGGGUUAUCUGGAAAACCUGGCCCAAAGGGGCAGGAUGGUUUUAAAGGGCAAAAAGGCGAAGUGGGGUUCCGAGGGGACCCUGGAGCACCUGGACUAAGAGGUAAAGAUGGUGAACUAGGAGGAAAAGGGGAACCAGGAACCAGGGGGGACAUCGGCCCACCAGGCGAGCCAGGAGAGAGAGGAGUGAGGGGCCCGUUGGGUCUUCCUGGGCGACCUGGUGACCCAGGAGAAAAAGGGGACUCUGGGAAAAUUGGUUUUACGGGUAUACAGGGACAGAAGGGAGAUCGGGGAGAUCCUGGCGAGCCAGGACCACCGGGGCCCAGCCAGUUGACAGUAUCAGACAACAGUAUCGUAACCAGAGUUGUCAAGGGGGAGCGUGGAGAACCAGGCCGACCGGGAUCCAAAGGGGAGGGCGGGCCUCCUGGCCCAAGAGGGCCUGAAGGAAAGCCGGGGCCCCCAGGAGGUGGGACGGGAGGAUCUUCAAAAUCAGGGAGGGAUGGUGUCGAUGGUCAGCCAGGACCCAAGGGUGACAAGGGAAUCAAAGGAGAAGCGGGCCUUAAAGGGGAGAAGGGAGACCCAGGGCGUGUGGGGAUAGCUGGGAUGCCCGGACUGCCUGGCACUCCGGGCAGACCUGGCAUUGAUGGAAAACGAGGAGUCGCUGGAAAAGACGGUGAAGCUGGACUGCGUGGUGUUGAGGGGAAGAAGGGUGAUAAAGGACAACCAGGAAAUGACGGGAUUAAAGGGGAACAGGGUGCUCCUGGUCUUCCCGGUCAUCCCGUUCUGGUGAACCUUUCCACAGUCCUCUCCCCCGAGGAGGGCACCAAACUGGAGGACAUGAGGGAGCUCUUCCCCCUGCCAAUGGGGCCCCCUGGAGUAAUGGGUCCUCCGGGUUCGAAGGGCCAGAAAGGUGAAAAAGGCGAAAAGGGCGAUACUGGUCUGCCUGGAAAAUCAGCUGAGAUGAAGGACAUUGAAGUAUUAUUUGAAUCUUAUGGCAUCAGGCUGCCCCUGCUGAAGGCACUGAUUGACAGGUUACUGCAGGAUGGCAUGGAGGAUCUGCUAAAUGUGAUCACCAGCUCAAAGAGACAAAAGAGUGACAGGAAGGAGCAUGACUACAACGUCAUCAGUGAAUACACGAGUUCUGUGAAGUACGACAUCGCAGGUGAACCGCUGGGUGUAAUCGAUGAAGAGACUGAGGAACAGGUAUGUGUGUCCCGCUCCACCGUAUGAACCCGAGUGUUUGCAUAGUCUAAAGUCAAACUCACGCUUCCCUACGCACAUAUCAGCGACUGAAAGAAAUAACAUGACCAGUUAACAUGCGUACCCCAGAAUGUGUCAGCGUAAGCUCAAAGUUUACAUCCAGAAGAGGAAAGUGUGACACUUUCGUGUGUAACAUUUGGUCCCAGCACGAGUCUGAUUUACUGGACCAUCGGGGCUGGUUAAUAUUUAAUCGUAACCGUGAUCCGUGCCCAGAUGCUGCUUUAACUAGAUGGCUGCUUGU